CAUUUUCCAAUUUCAUCUUUCCCAAAAUCUUUUGGGCCUCCCUUUUUUUUUUCUCUCUUUUCUCUUUCUUUUUUUUUUUGGUGAACAAACCACACCACUUGUCUUUUUUUCUUGUUCCCUCCAUAUCUUCUUAUUGCCCCCCCCUCUCACUUUUUUCUUUUCAACGCACGCAAUGGAAGACAACAAAGCACCCGAAGUCCCUCUGCCUUGCAGUGCCGGAUGUGGUUUCUACGGCAAUAAAAUCUACAACAACAUGUGCUCCAAAUGCUUCCGAGAGCAUUCGGAACAGAACAAAAAAGAAGAAGAAGUUCGUGAGAAUCCUGCUGCUGCCGCCGCUGCUGCUGUUGCUGCUGCUGCCAGUGCUGCUAAUAAUACCACCACCACCAAACCAUCGCUAGAAAAGCAUGAACAAGAAUUAAAGACACCUUUAACAACAACAACAACAACAACAACACCAUCAUCACAACAGCAACAGCAACAGCAAAAGCAACAGCAACAAGAAAAGUUAAAAGAACAACCAGCAACCACUACUACCACUACCGAAACGAAAGCCGAAGCGAGCAAUGAAGAACAAGAAGAACAACCUCCGAGCAAACCUGUUCAAAAGAAUACUGGCAGAUGCUUCAUGUGUCGAAGCAAAAUUCCAUUAGCGAAACAAUUGAGCAACAAGUGUCGAUGCGACUACGUCUUUUGCGAUUCGCAUCGUUAUCCUGACAAGCACGAUUGCGACUUUGAUCACGCUUCCAUGGACAAAGAUAUUCUUGCAAAGAAGAAUCCCAAGCUGAACGAACGACCGCGCGGAGGCAGAUCGUUCCAACGUCUGGAUAGCAUGUAAACCAGCAGCAAAAACCCCAUCCUCUUAUCCACAAGUCGAAUCAUUUACCAAACAGAACUCCCACCAGAGCACACACACACUGGCACCAUAAAGAAGACCUAUCACACCACAACGCCUCCUUAUCUCUCUCUCUCUCUCUCUCUGUUAUACACACUUGUCUCGCUACCAUCACCCGAUUUCCAGUCAGAAAACAACAAAAAAAAGGGCCCAUAAACAGAAAGCGUGGUGCUGUUUUUCCGUUUGUGAGAAUCUACUCCCUCUCACUACUUUUUUUUACCUUUACCCUCCCACACACGCUUCCCCCCCCCUCUCUCUCUCUCAGUCACCACACACUCACAGAUACUCACUCACUUUUUUUUUUCUUUUUUUUUUUUUACAAUCUCUUGAUAUAAGGACUUCCUAACCCCCCCCCCCCAUUAAAGGCUUUUUACAACGACAAACUACCAAGGCAGUGGUGUGGUAGCUGCAUGACUG